AUGUCAACGGAAAACGAUGUCAAGAGAUUGUGUCUGUUUGUCAAAGCGGUUCCAACCGGUGAUAACUUGUACUGCAUUUCAUUUGAUUCCAAAAAUCGAUGCAACAAAUCGGUGGUCAUUACGAAAGAUAACAUAUAUAUCGUUAUAUCAAUGAUCGACAGCACAUCCAAAGAAGUGCUGGGAGUCUAUCGAUUAGAGAACGGAAUUCUUAUGCAUUCAAUAAAACUAAACGAAUCCAAAAUCCUAUUCACAGAAAUGUUUGCCUUAAGAUAUCGGGGAAAAGAGUCGGUCGUCGGACUCAUUGGUGGCGACAAUUCAUACGUUAUGGAUGUCUUAACUCAGAGAGUGAUGACCGCAAUCAAGCGCUGGAACGGACGCAUCGACUCCGACGGCAAACACGGCUUAUUCGCGCCCAACAGAGGGGGUCUCGAACUCAUUGACCUCAAGUACGGAACCACUGUUCGCGUGCUUUUGCCGCAGACUUCGGAGGGCGUCAUACGUGUCAUCACUGGAUUCACGGCAGACAACCGUUACGUCUAUUAUUACCACACAAUCAAAAAGACCAUUCGACUAAUCCGUUUAGAAGACGCCAAAGUCAUCGCCAACUAUAGACUCGGCGCCGACGCGACGGACAUCCGGCCGUCGCCCGACUCAGAGUUCUUAGCGGUCGGCGGACUCGACGGCUCACUCGUCGUCCUAAUCAUAGCCGACGCUCGCACUCAGCGCUGUCUCAAACGUGUCCACCGAUUGCCCUCACGAGUGGCCCAAACGCUUCCCAACGCUCGCCGACAGCCGUACAACACGUGGAGAAGUGUCGCCAAAAUGGCCGUCAUUUUGGCCAAACGCGAGGCCGACAGCGGUUCCCAAUCAGACUCCAAGACCUGUGCAUUGAGUUAACGCACGCAUCGCUUCAC